CUGAACUUACAACCUCUGUUCCUACUACCGCUGCAUCAACUACCACUGCACCUACAAUCGCUGCAUCAACUACCGGUGCACCAACUACCGCUGCACCAAUGAGCGCUGCAUCUACAACCGCUGCACCAACAACUGCUGCACCAACUACAGCUGCACCUACAACUUCUGCACCAACUACCGCUGCACCUACUACCGCUGCAUCUACAACCGCUGCACCAACUACCGCUACACCAACUACAGCUGCAUCUACUUCCGCUGCACCAACUACUGCUGCACCAACUACAGCUGCACCAAUUACCACUGCACCCACAACCACUGCACCUACUACCGCUGCACCAACUACUGCUGCACCUACAACCACUGCACCUACUACCGCUGCACCAACUACUGCUGCACCUACAACAGCACCAACUACAGCUGCACCAACUAAUGCUGCACCUACAACCGCUGCACCAACUACCGCUGCACCAAUGACUGCUGCACCAACUACCGCUGCACUUAGUACCACUGCACCAACUACUGCUGCACCUACUACUGCAGCACCAACUACUGCUGCACCAACUACUGCUGCACCUACUACCGCUGCACCAACUACAGCUGCACCAACUACCGCUGCACCCACAACCGCUGCACCUACUACCGCUGUUCCUACUACCGCUGCACCAACUACCGCUGCACCUACUACCGCUGCACCUACAACCGCUGCACCAACUACAGCUGCACCAACUACCACUGCACCAACUACUGCUGCACCUACUACUGCAGCACCAACUACCGCUGCACCUACUACUGCUGCACCAACUACCGCUGCACCAACUACUGCUGCACCAACUACCGCUGCACCUACUACCGCUGAACCCACAACCGCUGCACCAACUACCGCUGCACCGUCCACUGCAUUACCUACAACAGCUGCACCAACUACCGCUGCACGUACAACCGCUUCACCAACAACUGCUGCACCUGCUACUGCAGCACCAACUACUGCUGUACCAACUACAGCUGCCCCAACUUCUGCUGCACCAACUACAGCUGCACCAACUACCGUUGCACCAACUACCGCUGCACCUACAACCGCUGCACCAACCACUGCUGCACCAACUACAGCUGCACCAACUACCGCUGCACUUACCACUACUGCACUAACUACUGCUGCACCAACUACUGCUGCCCCAACUACCGCUGCACCUACUACUGCAGCACCAACUACUGCUGCCCCAACUAACGCUGCACCUAUUACUGCUGCACCAACUACCGCUGCACCCACUACUGCUAUACCUACAACCUUUGCACCAACUACCGCUGCACCAACGACUGCUGCACCAACUACCGCUGCACUUACUACCACUGCACCAACCAGCGCUGCAUCUACAACCGCUCCACCCACUACUGCUGCCCCAACUUCUGCUGCACCAACUACAGCUGCACCAACUACCGUUGCACCAACAACCUCUGCACCUACAACCGCUGUACCAACCACUGCUGCACCAACUACCGCUGCACCAACUACAGCUGCACCAAUUACCACUGCACCCACAACCACUGCACCUACUACCGCUGCACCAACUACUGCUGCACCUACAACCGCUGCACCAACUACCGCUUCACCAAUGACUGCUGCACCAACUACCGCUGCACAUAGUACCACUGCACCAACUACCGCUGCACCAACUACUGCUGCCCCAACUUCUGCUGCACCAACUACAGCUGCACCAACUAGCGUUGCACCAACUACCUCUGCACCUACAACCGCUGCACCAACCACUGCUGCACCAACUACUGCUGCAUCAACUCCAGCUGCACCAAUUACCACUGCACCCACAACCACUGCACCUACUACCACUGCACCAACUACUGCUGCACCUACAACCGCUGCACCAACUACCGCUGCACCCACUACUGCUAUACCUACAACCGUUGCACCAACUACCGCUGCACUUACUACCACUGCACCAACCAGCGCUGCAUCUACACCCGCUCCACCAACUACUGCUGCCCCAACUUCUGCUGCACCAACCACUGCUGCACCAACUACCGCUGCACCAACUACAGCUGCACCAAUUACCACUGCACCCACAACCACUGCACCUACUACCGCUGCACCAACUACUGCUGCACCUACAACCGCUGCACCAACUACAGCUGCACCAACUACUGCUGCACCUACAACCGCUGCACCAACUACCGCUGCACCAAUGACUGCUGCACCAACUACCGCUGCACUUAGUACCACUGCACCAACUACUGCUGCACCUACUACUGCAGCACCAACUACUGCUGCACCUACUACCGCUGAACCAACUACAGCUGCACCAACUACCGCUGCACCCACAACCGCUGCACCUACUACCGCUAAUCCUACUACCGCUGCACCAACUACCGCUGCACCUACUACCGCUGCACCUACAACCGCUGCACCAACUACAGCUGCACCAACUACCACUGCACCAACUACCGCUGCACCAACUACUGCUGCACCAACUACCAGUGCACCAACUACCGCUGCACCAACAAGCGCUGCAUCUACAACCGCUGCACCAACAACUGCUGCACCAACUACAGCUGCACCAACUACAGCUGCACCAACUACUGCUGCACCAACUACCAGUGCACCAACUACCGCUGCACCAACAAGCGCUGCAUCUACUUCCGCUGCACCUACAACCGCUGCAUCAACUACCGCUGCACUUACCACCGCUGCACCAACUACCGCUGUUCCUACUACCGCUGCACCAACUACCGCUGCACCUACUACAGCUGCACCUACAACCGCUGCACCAACUACAGCUGCACCAACUACCACUGCACCAACUACCGCUGCACCAACUACUGCUGCACCAACUACCGGUGCACCAACUACCGCUGCACCAACAAGCACUGCAUCUACAACCGCUGAACCAACAACUGCUGCACCAACUACAGCUGCACCUAUAACUUUUGCACCAACUACCGCUGCACCUACUUCCGCUGCACCUACAACAGCUGCACCAACUACUGCUGCACCAACUACCGCUGCACCUACAACCGCUGCAUCAACUACCGCUGCACUUACCACCGCUGCACCAACUACCGCUGAACUUACAACCUCUGUUCCUACUACCGCUGCAUCAACUACCACUGCACCUACAAUCGCUGCAUCAACUACCGGUGCACCAACUACCGCUGCACCAAUGAGCGCUGCAUCUACAACCGCUGCACCAACAACUGCUGCACCAACUACAGCUGCACCUACAACUUCUGCACCAACUACCGCUGCACCUACUACCGCUGCAUCUACAACCGCUGCACCAACUACCGCUACACCAACUACAGCUGCAUCUACUUCCGCUGCACCAACUACUGCUGCACCAACUACAGCUGCACCAAUUACCACUGCACCCACAACCACUGCACCUACUACCGCUGCACCAACUACUGCUGCACCUACAACAGCACCAACUAAAGCUGCACCAACUACUGCUGCACCUACAACCGCUGCACCAACUACCGCUGCACCAAUGACUGCUGCACCAACUACCGCUGCACUUAGUACCACUGCACCAACUACUGCUGCACCUACUACUGCAGCACCAACUACUGCUGCACCAACUACUGCUGCACCUACUACCGCUGCACCAACUACAGCUGCACCAACUACCGCUGCACCCACAACCGCUGCACCUACUACCGCUGUUCCUACUACCGCUGCACCAACUACCGCUGCACCUACUACCGCUGCACCUACAACCGCUGCACCAACUACAGCUGCACCAACUACCACUGCACCAACUACUGCUGCACCUACUACUGCAGCACCAACUACCGCUGCACCUACUACUGCUGCACCAACUACCGCUGCACCAACUACUGCUGCACCAACUACCGCUGCACCUACUACCGCUGAACCCACAACCGCUGCACCAACUACCGCUGCACCGUCCACUGCAUUACCUACAACAGCUGCACCAACUACCGCUGCACGUACAACCGCUUCACCAACAACUGCUGCACCUGCUACUGCAGCACCAACUACUGCUGUACCAACUACAGCUGCCCCAACUUCUGCUGCACCAACUACAGCUGCACCAACUACCGUUGCACCAACUACCGCUGCACCUACAACCGCUGCACCAACCACUGCUGCACCAACUACAGCUGCACCAACUACCGCUGCACUUACCACUACUGCACUAACUACUGCUGCACCAACUACUGCUGCCCCAACUACCGCUGCACCUACUACUGCAGCACCAACUACUGCUGCCCCAACUAACGCUGCACCUAUUACUGCUGCACCAACUACCGCUGCACCUACAACUGCUGCACCAACUACCGCUACACCAACUACUGCUGCUUCAACUACCGCUGCACUUACCACUACUGCACUAACUACUGCUGCACCUACUACUGCAGCACCAACUACUGCUGCCCCAACUUCUGCUGCACCAAAUACAGCUGCACCAACUACCACUGCACCUACAACCGCUGCACCUACUACAGCUGCACCAACUACUGCUGCACGCACAACCGCUGCACCAACUACCGCUGCACCAACUACUGCUGCACCAACUAGCCUUGCACUUACUACCACUGCACAAACUACUGCUGCACCUACUACUGCUGCACCUACAACCGCUGCACCAACUAUUGCUGCAUCUACUACCGCUGCACCAACUACUGCUGCACCUGCUACUGCAGCGCCAACUACUUCUGCACCAAUUACUGCUGCACCUACAACAGCUGCACCAACUACCGCUGUACCAACUACCGCUGCACCAACUACUGUUGCACCUACUACUGCAGCACCAACUACUGCUGCACCUACUACUACAGCACCAACUACUGCUGCACCUACUACUGCAGCACCAACUACUGCUGCACCAACUACUGCUGCACCUACUACCGCUGCACCAACUACAGCUGCACCAACUACCGCUGCACCCACAACCGCUGCACCUACUACCGCUGUUCCUACUACCGCUGCACCAACUACCGCUGCACCUACUACCGCUGCACCUACAACCGCUGCACCAACUACAGCUGCACCAACUACCACUGCACCAACUACUGCUGCACCUACUACUGCAGCACCAACUACCGCUGCACCUACUACUGCUGCACCAACUACCGCUGCACCAACUACUGCUGCACCAACUACCGCUGCACCUACUACCGCUGAACCCACAACCGCUGCACCAACUACUGCUGCACCAACUACUGCUGCACCAACUACCGCUGCACCUACUACCGCUGAACCCACAACCGCUGCACCAACUACCGCUGCACCUACUACUGCAGCACCAACUACUGCUGCACCAACUACCGCUACACCAACUACUGCUGCACCUACUACUGCAGAACCAACUACUGCUGCACUAACUACCGCUGCACCAACUACCGCUGCACCAACUACCGCUGCACCUACAACCGCUGCACCAACUACCGCUGCACCUACUACCGCUGCACCAACUACCGUUGCACCCACUACCGCUGCACCAACUACCGCUGCACCUACUACUGCAGCACCAACUACUGCUGCACCAACUACCGCUACACCAACUACUGCUGCACCUACUACUGCAGAACCAACUACUGCUGCACUAACUACCGCUGCACCAACUACCGCUGCACCAACUACCGCUGCACCUACAACCGCUGCACCAACUACCGCUGCACCUACUACCGCUGCACCAACUACCAUUGCACCCACUACCGCUGCACCAACUACCGCUGCACCAACUACCGCUGCUCCAACUACUGCUGCAACUACCGCUGCAAUUACUACUGAAGCACCUACAACAAUAACAACUAUAACUGCGGCAUCUACAACUGUGGUUUCUCAACCUAUUUACGCUGUCUCAGUGGACUUGCCUGAAGAGACAUUUUCUGAUGAUCUUAAAAAUCCAGAAAGCAGUAAAUACAAAGAUCUUGAACAAAGUCUUGUUCCGCCGUGCAACAAACUAUACAAGAAAAGAUUUGGUUAUAAGUUCGACAAGUGCAGCCUGAAAGGGUUCAGGCGAGGACAAACAAGAGCAGAUGGAGUUGUUGUAGAUUUGGACGUUGGGUUCCAUCCGAAUUCUACCACUUCAGAACUCCCAGCGGAUGCUGUUGUUGCUGAAACCUUAGUAACAGCUGUAAAUAGUCCAAACAGCCCCUUCAACGUGACGAUAGAUUCCACCACAAUCAAAGUACUAGAAAGUCCUGUUGCAACUACAACUGCAGCAUCAACAGCUACAACUGCAGCAACAACAACUGCAACUGCAGCAGCAACAGCUACAACUGCAGCGACAACAGCUACAACUGCAGCGGCAACAGCUACAACUGCAGCAACAACAACUACAACUGCAGCAGCAACAGCUACAACUGCAGCGACAACAGCUACAACUGCAGCGGCAACAGCUACAACUGCAGCAACAACAACUACAACUUCAGCAACAACAACUGCUGCCAUCACAACAAAGCGAGUGGUGUUCAGGUCUGUUCAGCAAACAUUCACAACCGACUUGUUGGAUACAUCAUCUGCUGCUUUUAGAGGAAGAGCUGCUAACAUAAAGAAUCAGCUUGAACCUCUAUACAGAAACCAAUUCUCUUCCUUCUCUUCCUUCGAAGUGGUGCGAUUCAGUAAUGGAUCAAUCAUCAAUACUUGUGACCUCCGCUUCACUGGCACAUCUGUUCCUAACAACACUGCGAUUGCAGUCGUUUUGCUAAAUGCAGUUUCAUCAGUCACCGGCUUCAACAUUGAGGGGAGCUCCAUCACCGUGGAUGGCAUAGCUUCAAGUGGAGUCAGUCAACAGAUCAGUCUCGUCACUGCAUCCUGUCUGGUGCUUGUGUCAUGGCUGCUGUCAAGCCAGCAAUAGCAUCUGCGCUGAGUUCGUUAUGAAUUCCCAUGAGAACAAGAACGACAUCUCUGGAAUGAAAAAGGACUUUAUCGUCAGCAAGAAUCCCAGAUUGUUGAUUUUCUUCAAGUGUUGUAGUUUUGGAUGAACUCAACACCAAGUUCAACUUUGCACUGAUCCGACACAUCAAUGACAGUGGAUUAGGUUUGUCUGUGGAACUGAACAUGCUAGUGUUUGGGGACGUCCAGGAUCUUUGAGAGAAUGACACAGCUGCCUUUAAGCUUGUUCUUUGAAACAUAACAACACUAUCUAUGAAACACUGGGGAGUUAAAAAAAUGUCUGUACUGUUGCACUGUUAAAGUCAAAAUGUAUCUGACUGCACUGAGCACUGUGGCGUAGUAAUAUUUAACUUUGUUCGGUAUUAAUGUUGUCUUAUCUAAACUUUUCUAUAAUCUCCAAAUGCAUCUAAAAUGAAUUUUUAAGUUUUUAUUUUAAAUUAAAUGAAGGAACACAUGCAGGUCAUAGCUGGCUUCACAAUGCAACCACAUUUAUUUAAUCAAAGGUCAUGGUGUAUCUGAUAUAUAUAUAUAUAUAAAUUGGAAAACUCAAUUUUUAUGUUCACAAAUAGUGGAUUUACAUCAUCGCACAUUUCUUUAUUCUGUCAGUUUUCAUGUAUUUUUCUGGGGUUUCUGUCAGAAAUGUCUUAAUAAACAAGGUACAAAAUGUCUGAAAUUGUUUCUCCUCUCUUGGGUGAUGUUUUUAAGGUUUUACUCAUGACAUUUUUCAGUCUAGAGAAAAAUUUGUUACACAAUCACUAACGUCGGGUAAAUUUUACCCGAUAUAAUAUACCCGAUAAAAAAAAAGUUCUCAUGAAAAUAUUUG